AUGAUCAAUAUGUUAUCUUAUAUCUUUCUUUCUUCUUUCGCACUUUAUUGUUUUGUUUCUUGCUCAGCUGCAGAUAUAAAAAAUAUUAGCACAGACAAAUCUUCUCUUCUAGCAUUUAAAUCUCUCAUUACUUCAGAUCCACAUGGUAUGUUGGCUAAUAAUUGGUCAACUUCAUCAUCUGUAUGCAAUUGGGUUGGUGUCACUUGUGAUAAUAAACACAAUAGAGUCCACAGUUUGAAUCUCGGAAGCAUGGGUCUUAGAGGCACUCUUUCUCCCAAUUUAGGGAAUUUGUCGUUCCUUGUUAUACUUGAUCUCUCCAACAAUCGUUUUGGUGGUAUGUUUCCUAAUGAGGUAUGUAGGUUACGCAGACUAAAGGUUCUUGAUUUCGGCUUUAACGGGUUUGUUGGAGAAAUUCCUAUGGCAUUGGGAGAAUUAUCACAGCUUCAACAAUUAAAUCUCAGUAUUAACCAUUUCAGUGGUUUUAUCCCUCCAUCUUUAUGCAACUUGUCUAAGUUAGAGUUCUUUAAUUUUGGAAAAAACUCCUUGGAAGGAACCAUUCCACCUGUAAUAGGACAACUUGGUCGACUGAAACUAUUGAUUCUUAGUUACAACAAGUUGUCGGGAUUCAUACCCAAAGAAAUCUCCAACAUAUCUUCACUUCAAGGAUUGUUUGUAGGUUCUAACUAUUUUUCAGGUCCAAUACCCGAGGAGAUUGGUUAUCUUGAUCAACUUGAGUAUCUAAUAUUGGCAUACAACAACUUUAGUGGGUCUAUUCCUUCCAAUUUCCUCAACAUAUCAUCACUCACAAACUUGCAGAUUGAACAUAAUAGUCUCUCAGCGAGUAUAUUCAACUUUUCUAACCUCGUUCAACUUGACUUGAGUGAGAAUGCAUUCAGUGGAACUUUUCCUAAUAUUGCCUUUGCAAAUUUAAGAUAUUUGAAAUAUCUAGAGUUAUCAAGCAAUCAUAUUCUAUCGAAUCUUCCCAAGUCAAUUGGAAACAUGACUUCAGUAACCUUUAUGGUAGAUUUUUGUGGAAUUGAUGGUAAUAUUCCCUUAGAAAUUGGAAACAUGAGCAAUUUGAUAUCUCUUUCUAUGGUUGGGAAUAAUAUAAAUGGCCCCAUACCUGGAACAUUCAAAGGGUUACAGAAACUUCAGAGAUUGGAAUUGAGCAACAAUGGUCUACAUGGAUCAUUUAUUGAUGAGCUUUGUGAAAUGAGGAGUUUAAUUGAUUUGUAUCUAUAUAAUACUACGCUUUCUGGUGUUUUACCAACAUGUUUGGGAAACAUGACUUUUCUUGAACAUUUAGACUUAGGAUAUAACAACUUGAACUCUAAGAUACCUUCCUCUCUUUGGAGUCUCACAGAUAUCUUAGAGAUAAAUUUGACCAAUAAUGCUUUCACUGGUAAUCUUCCACUUGAGAUUGGGAACUUAAGAGCAAUUGUACUAUUAGAUAUAUCAAGAAAUCUAAUUUCAGGCAAUAUUCCUACAACCAUUACUUUCUUAAAAACAAUGGAAAAUAUAUCCUUAGCACAUAACAAUCUGCAAGGGUCAAUUCCUUCAUCACUUGGUGACAUGGUAGGCUUGAUCUCCUUGGACUUGUCCCAAAAUAUGCUCACUGGUGUUAUUCCAAAAUCUUUAACGUCACUUUUGUAUCUUCAAAAUAUCAACUUCUCAUAUAAUAGUUUACAAGGAGAGAUUCCCGAUGGUGGACUUUUCAAAACUUUAACAGCCCAAUCUUUUAUUCAUAAUGAAGCUCUUUGCGGAAAUCCUCGCCUACAAGUGCCUCUAUGUGCUAAACAAGUUAGGAAAAUUUCAAGGAAAAAAAAAUUAUUACUCAAAUGCACAAUUCCCUUAGUUUUGCUAACCAUUUUUGUUAUUGCAUGCAUAAUACUCAUAAAACAUAAACGAAAAAAGGUUGAAAAUAAUCUUGAGAAAGGUUUAUCAACUUUAGGAGGUCAAAGAAGAAUUUCUUAUUAUGAACUUGUGCAAGCAACAAAUGGAUUCAAUGAGGGUAACUUACUUGGAAAGGGUGGAUUUGGCUCUGUGUAUCAGGGAAAACUUCUUGAUGGUGAGAUGAUUGCAGUUAAAGUUAUUGAUUUGCAGUCAGAGGAAAAAUCAAAAAGCUUUGAUGCAGAAUGUAAUUCAAUGAGAAAUCUACGACAUCGAAAUCUGGUUAAGAUUAUCAGCAGUUGUUCAAAUCUCGAUUUCAAAUCAUUGGUGAUGGAGUUCAUGUCAAAUGGAAGUGUAGACAAAUGGUUAUAUUCAGAUAACUAUUGCUUAAAUUUCUUGCAAAGGUUAAAUAUAAUGAUAGAUGUUGCAUCUGCAUUGGAAUAUCUGCAUCAUGGUUCUUCAAUACCAGUGGUUCAUUGUGAUCUAAAGCCUACUAAUGUGUUGUUGGAUGAAAAUAUGGUUGCACAUGUUAGCGAUUUUGGUAUUGCAAAGCUCAUGGAUGAAGGACAAUCUAAAACUCAUACAAACACUUUGGCUACUAUUGGAUACCUUGCACCAGAGUAUGGAUCUGAGGGAAUUGUUUCUGUCAAAGGGGAUGUGUACAGCUAUGGGAUAAUGUUAAUGGAAAUAUUCACAAGAAGAAAACCUACAGAUGAUAUGUUUGUUGGAGAUCUAAGUUUGAAAACAUGGAUCGGUGAAUCAUUGUCUGGUUUAAUUUUGGAGGUUUUGGAUUCUAAUUUAGUCCAACAAAAUGGAGAACAAAUGGAUAACAUAUUGACACACAUGUCAUCUAUCUUUGGUUUAGCCCUGAAUUGUUGUGAACAUUCACCUGCAGCAAGAAUCAAUAUGGCAGAUGUUAAAGCAACGUUAAUCAAACUCAAGACUUUAAUUUUUGGCAGAAGUGCGACCUAG